UAUAUUAGCGAGAAGAAGACUUUCAUUUUCGUUGUGGGAGUAUGUAACACAAGCUGAGUAGAUUUGAAAUAAAUAAUCAAGAAAAAAAAAAGCAUCUUUUCCCAUGAUUCCUAUGCCUCAAUUUUAAUUUCUUUCGUUGCUUUGUCCUUUUCCUUUUCCAGCCAUUUAUAAGAUCCAAGUAAGCUCAAGUCUUUGAGGUGAGAUGGUUGAUUGUUGUUAGGAUCAAGAAAGAUACAUACAAUACAACGCAGCCCCCAAAAUUUGAAGGUGGGGGCCGUGAUUUCGCGACCCUAAAUUUGUUUUAGAGAAAAUGGUGUUUAUAACCGAAGAUAUGAUCAAGGAUUUUCAAGCCCAGAUAGAAAAAAGUCAGCCUUUUUCUGCUUCCCAACAUUUCACAUUUUUUUUAUUUGCUGAUGUUUUAAUCCUUUCAUUGCAGUCGAUGCAUCGCUGAAGAAGACAUUCAUGGUUUGUAAUUUUGUGUUGAUUUGUUUUAUGUUUUUUUUUUUGAGUGUGUAAAGAGAAGUGAUUGACUUUUGAAGUUCUUGAUUUUGUAAUAAUGCAUAAUAAUAUAUCGUUAGUAGUUUCUGUUUACCCGAAAAUAUUGGAUGGAGGAGAGAGGUUGGAGUGGUCAAUGUCAACGUAUAGUUGCAACAUUGAAGAAGACUUUGGUGGUUUGAAAUUUUUAUCUACUUUUGUCUGAAUUUCCUGUAGUCGGUUACUGAGUUUGAGUAACUUGCUUAGUUUGCGAGAAAAAAAGUUGUAAAAUUUGGAUUAUUUUUACUAUUUGCUUUUCUUUUCAGCAAGUAGUGUUCUUGAGCUAUGCAAACAAAUCUAAGGUUACUUUAGUUAAUCUGUUUUUUUUGUUGGUUUAUGUAUCAUUAAUUGUACCAGCGUGAGUUUCACUUGAUAGGCAAGUUUUUGUGCCUAAGAUCCACAGAUUGUUUAAUGUAACUUUUGGUUUUACAUUUGCCAUAAAAAAAAUUGACUGAAGUGAAUAGGUACUUAUGAUUGAAGGCCGACAAAAUAAGAAUGGUGGAUGAGGAUUCGAAACUUGAACUAAAGAAUUGGGGAAGAGAGCCUUUAGCUAAAGAUUGAUAAUGUACAUAGUGGUUAUGAAAGGGAGACCUUGGCGAGGUUUAUAAAAGCUAGGGAAGGAAGUAUUUCGGAGGCAUAUGAUAUGGUUUGCUUCGAGCCUGCAAUACCUUUUCUCCUUUUAAAUUGCGUUGAUUAGUUAUGAAGCAUACCGUAAAACUACUCGAUAUUUUCCAGCUUGUUCAGAGUUUAAACUGGAGGAUACAGAAUGACAUCGAUAACAUACUGGCGAGGCCAAUUAACCCUAGUGACGUCUAUAGAGCAAUUCGGGAUACUCAGCUUGUAGGGAUAUGUGGAUGCACUAAAGAGGGUCUUCCCGUCAUUGCUAUUGGCGCUGGGCUCAGCACAUAUGACAAAGGAUCUAUUCACUACUAUAUUCAGUCACACAUCCAGAUGAAUGAAUACAGAGAUCGUGUGGUAUUGCCUUCCGCUUCCAAAAAACAUGGACGAUAUAUCGGGACAUGCAUAAAGAUUCUGGAUAUGACUGGUCUAAGGCUUUCUGCUCUGAAUCACAUGAAGUUGUUAUCUGCAAUAUCUACAAUUGAUGAUUUGAACUAUCCUGAGAAGACGGAGACUUAUUACAUAGUCAAUGCCGGAUACAUAUUUUCAUCAUGUUGGAAGGUUGUUAAACCCCUUCUACGAGAGCGAACAAGAAAGAAAGUUCAAGUUCUCUCUGGCUGUGGCGAAGAUGAAUUGUUGAAGAUUAUGGAUUAUGAUUCCCUUCCGCACUUCUGCAGAAAAGAAGGUUCUGGAUUUCAGAGAUCUAGAAAUGGAAUGGUUGGCCGUUGCUAUAGCUUGGACCAUCCCUUCCAUCAGCAGCUCUACAAGUACGUAAAGGAGCAAGCUGCAUUACUGGAGUCGGUUGCUCCAGUGAAAGAUGGUUCGGUCCACGUAGAUUAUCCCGAGCCUGAUCCAGAAGACGUGAAAGUUGCACAAACCAUAGAAUCCGAGUUCCAAAAGCUUGAGAACCGGAAAGGGGUCUGUGACUCGUUGCACGAGCUUGAGAUAAGUGGGGAUUGAGGCCAGCCGGUGGAACGUUUCUUAUAUUAUUACAAACAAAAGCAUUCUACGAAGCACUAGGGCUGGAGACGUAGGAGCCGUCGAGGAUGUGAGGGUCCAUCCUUUUAUUGUUGGAAUCGCACGACUUCAAAUGUGUAAAAUGGAUGGUCCUACUAUUCUGCUAUUGUUCUUCUUUUGUAUAUUUUUGUUAUACAAGGCUUAUAAAUAGAAAGGUGCAACAGCAGACUUUGCAGCAUAAUUGAUGAUCCA